GACUUUGGUUUAGGAGCUCACUUGCCACACUGGACUGUCAAUCAAAAUUCCAAAACCAUUCUUGGAUACUUGGAGGUGGAGCUGUGAGCAUAGAGCAGUAGUUUGACCUAGCACUUAGGGCAAACAUACCGGAGUCAUUAGUGCUACCCUGUGAUCUUCCAACCAGCUUUUUCAUCGGCCAUCAAACUGGUAGCUGAAAAAUGAUUGGAAGAAUUGAUUCUCUCUGAGACACAUCAGAUUGUUUCCUAUAAAACCUUUAUCUUGCUGUUGGUUGUGAAUAAGAACCAGAGCACACAGAAAACAACUUCACCAUACCUGGGAGUUUGAAGAAAGCAGGUGCUUACUUGUGAUUUGACUCCUGCACAAGAAUAAUGGGCUGUGAUCGGAACUGUGGCCUCAUUGCUGGGGCUGUCAUUGGGGCAGUGCUGGCUGUGUUUGGAGGUAUUCUAAUGCCUGUUGGAGACAUGCUUAUUGAGAAGACAAUUAAAAAGGAAGUCGUCCUUGAAGAAGGUACAAUUGCUUUUAAAAACUGGGUAAAAACAGGCACAGAAGUGUACAGACAGUUUUGGAUUUUUGAUGUGCAAAAUCCUCAAGAAGUGGUAGUAAACAGCAGCAACAUUAAAGUUAAACAAAGAGGUCCUUAUACAUACAGAGUUCGUUAUCUAGCCAAGGAGAAUGUAACUCAGAACCCCGAGGAUCACACAGUCUCUUUUGUGCAGCCCAAUGGCGCCAUCUUUGUGCCUUCCCUCUCAGUUGGAACUGAAAAUGAUACUUUCACAGUUCUCAAUCUAGCUGUAGCAGCUGCACCUCAUAUCUAUCCGAAUGCAUUUGUUCAAGUGGUACUCAAUUCACUCAUUAAAAAAUCAAAAUCUUCUAUGUUCCAAACCCGAACACUGAAGGAAUUAUUGUGGGGCUAUAAGGAUCCAUUCUUGAGUUUGGUCCCAUACCCUAUUCCUACCACUGUUGGUGUAUUUUAUCCAUACAACAAUACUGUCGAUGGAGUUUAUAAAGUUUUCAAUGGAAAGGAUGACAUAAGCAAAGUUGCUAUAAUAGACACUUACAAAGGGAGAAAGAAUCUCACCUAUUGGCCAAGUUAUUGUGACAUGAUUAAUGGCACAGAUGCAGCCUCAUUUCCACCUUUUGUUGAGAAGUCUCGAGUAUUGCGAUUCUUUUCUUCUGACAUUUGCAGAUCAAUCUAUGCUGUAUUUGGAUCUGAGGUUGACCUGAAAGGAAUCCCUGUGUAUAGAUUUGUCCUUCCAUCCAAGGCCUUUGCAUCUCCAUUUCAAAACCCAGACAAUCAUUGCUUCUGCACGGAAACAGUUGUCUCCAAAAAUUGUACCUCAUAUGGUGUGUUAGACAUUGGCAAAUGCAAAGAAGGAAAACCUGUGUACAUUUCACUUCCUCAUUUUCUACACGCCAGUCCUGAUGUCUCAGAACCCAUUGAAGGCCUACAUCCAAAUGAAGAGGAACAUAAGACGUACUUGGAUGUUGAGCCUAUAACUGGAUUCACCCUACAGUUUGCAAAACGACUGCAGGUGAACAUAUUGGUCAAACCAGCCAAAAAAAUUGAAGCAUUAAAGGGCUUGAAGAAGAAUUAUAUUGUGCCUAUACUUUGGCUAAAUGAGACUGGCACCAUUGGUGAUGAGAAAGCACAAAUGUUCAGAAAGCAAGUAACUGGAAAAAUAAAACUUCUUGGCCUGGUUGAGAUGGUCUUGUUGGGUAUUGGAGUGGUGAUGUUUGUUGCUUUUAUGAUUUCGUACUGUGUAUGCAGAACAAAGAAAGUAAAAUAAGUAGAAAAUGAGCAUAU